UCAUGGCUGAUCCCCGACCCGCCCGGAGCCGCUUCUCUCCGCGUCUCACGGCCGCCUUCUUGUGCGUUUUUCUGCUCGUUUUCCUCCGCUGCGCCUCCGCGAGUCGUGAUGUUGUUUCGGGGAGCAACGAGACGUGGAUCCGUCCAGCACGAUCCACGCAGGAGGAUCCCCACGACCACCACGGCAACUCCACGGAGCACAAGAAGGCUUUCCCCGUCCUCGCCUUUAACUUCGAGCACGUCAGGAAACCCUUUGAGAUCUCCAUGUGGAUCCUGCUGGCGCUGCUCAUGAAACUUGGUUUCCACAUCAUCCCCAGAAUUUCCCACGUCGUCCCGGAGAGCUGCCUGCUGAUCGUGGUCGGCCUGCUGGUUGGUGGAACCAUCAAAGCCGUGGAGGGAACCAACGCUCCGGUUCUCGACUCCAAGCUCUUCUUCCUCUACCUGCUGCCUCCCAUCAUCCUGGACGCCGGCUACUUCCUGCCCAUCCGGCCCUUCACCGAGAACCUGGGCACCAUCUUGGUGUUUGCCGUCCUGGGAACGCUGUGGAACGUGUUCUUCAUCGGCGGGACCAUGUUUGCCGUCUGUCAGAUCGACGGCGCCGGGCUGGCCGACGUGGACCUGCUGUCCUGCCUGCUGUUCGGCUCCAUCAUCUCGGCCGUGGACCCCGUCGCCGUCCUCGCCGUGUUCGAGGAGAUUCACAUCAACGAGCUGCUGCACAUCCUGGUGUUCGGAGAGUCGCUGCUCAACGACGCCGUCACUGUGGUUCUGUAUCACCUGUUUAAGGAGUUUUCACACGAAGGUUCUGUUUCCGUCGGCGACGCUCUCCUCGGCGUGGUCUGCUUCUUCGUGGUGUCUCUGGGAGGAAUCUUGGUGGGCUUCAUCUACGGCAUCCUGGGAGCUUUCACCUCCCGCUUCACGUCUCACACCCGAGUCAUCGAGCCGCUGUUCGUCUUCCUCUACAGCUACAUGGCUUACCUGUCGGCCGAGGUCUUCCACCUGUCGGGCAUCAUGUCUUUGAUAGCGUGUGGUGUGAUAAUGCGUCCCUACGUGGAGGCCAACAUCUCCCAUAAGUCCUACACCACAGUCAAAUACUUCCUGAAGAUGUGGAGCAGCGUCAGUGAGACCCUCAUCUUCAUCUUCCUCGGCGUCUCCACGGUAGCCGGACCUCACGACUGGAACUGGACCUUCGUCGUCUUCACCGUCUUCCUCUGUCUGGUGUCCAGAGUGCUGGGUGUCAUUGGUCUCACGUCCAUCAUCAAUAAAUUCCGUAUUGUGAAACUGACCAAAAAGGACCAGUUCAUCGUGGCCUACGGUGGCCUGCGAGGCGCCAUCGCCUUCUCGCUGGGCUUCCUGCUGACCGACAGCAAGAUGAAGCACAUGUUCCUCACCGCCAUCAUCACCGUCAUCUUCUUCACUGUGUUCGUGCAGGGAAUGACCAUCAGACCUCUGGUGGAGCUUCUGGCUGUGAAGAGGAAGAAAGAGAGCAAAGGAUCAAUUAAUGAGGAGAUCCACACACAGUUCCUGGAUCAUCUGCUGACCGGAAUUGAGGACGUCUGUGGUCAUUAUGGACAUCAUCACUGGAAGGACAAGCUGAAUCGCUUCAACAAGAAGUACGUGAAGAAGUGGCUGAUUGCCGGCGAACGUUCCACCGAGCCGCAGCUCAUUUCCUUCUACAACAAGCUGGAGCUGAAACAGGCCAUGAUGCUGGUGGAGAGCGGGAGCACCAGUAAGCUGCCCAGCGUCAUGUCCUCCGUGUCCAUGCAGAACAUCCAGCCCAGAGAGCCGCCCAGACGACGAGCGAUGCCGAGCAUCUCCAAGAGUCGAGAGGAGGAGAUCAGGAAGCUCCUGAGAGCAAACCUGCAGAACACCAGACAGAGGCUUCGUUCUUACAGCCGACACGACCUGAUGAUCGACCCGUUCGAGGACAACGUGAGCGAAGUUCAUCUCAGGAAGCAGCGGGUGGAGAUGGGGAGGAGGAUGAGUCACUACCUCACAGUUCCUGCAAACCGUCAGGAGGCUCCUCCAGUCAGAAAAGUCGGGUUUCAACCAGAGCAUCAAGUUUUUACUUACGACGACGCUGAGAGUCCCAGAUCUGCUGAGAUGAAGCCCAGAUCUGCUGCUGUCCGGCUGCUGAACGAGUUGCCUCAGAGGUCCGAUCAGAGCGACGCCGAGCCGAACGCCAAACAGGACGACCAGGAGGAUCAGCUGAAACUGUCCCGCGGCCUCAGCGAUCCUGGGCCGAACCAGGAGCAGAAGGAGUCCUGAUGAAGCUCAUUUAAAUCACCUGAAGACUGACGACUGGCUCUUCGUCUCCACGUUAACCCGAAGAGUUCACCGAGUGGAGGGGAGCCGUAGCAAAGCUUGAUAUUUAUAAUUCAUAUCAUUGUUUUUUGUUCUUUUGUGAUAUGAUAUGCAUUUUUCAGGACAUGUCUUUUUUCAUAAUGUUUUGAUCAUGCAGUAUUACCAAAACACGCACCACAACACGAGACAUCUGGCUGCUUCAGGUGUCAACAUUUUGUAUCUUAACAUGCAGAGCACUUGUUUUGUCCAGCUUGAAGCACCAGACGGGUGGAGUUUUACCCUCAAAGCACAGAAUUAGGAAGACUUUAAAGAAGAGCACAACCCCGAGGUAUAAUAUUAGUCUAUCAAAGGUACAGAUGGGUGACGAAUUAAAGGAAAAACCUACAUAAAGUGUCUUUGUAAGAUGUUGGACCACUACUUGCUGACACCAUUCUUCCAAAAGAGGUUCCCUGACUCAGUUUUCUGAUGAUGAUGGUGGUGGAGAUUUUAACGUCAAAAUUUCAGUGAAUUGUUGAAUUUAGUUGAGAUCCAACCACUCAGUGACUCCUUGUAUCCUAUGUAUGAGAUUUACGUCAUUCAUUAGGAUAAAAACCAUAGAAAGUGAUCUAUCAGAACAACUUUGUUUUGAUUUGCAGUGAUUUUUCCCUCUAAGGAGACCCAAAACAUCCCAAGAAAGUAAGAUCCUCUAACUGUAGAGGUCAGGUUUUGCUUUAAUCUGUCAUCCAUCUGCAGUAGAACGUAUGCGGGUCGAUACAUCAGAAGCAACUACAAUGAAGAAGCACUAAAAAUAUGUUGGAGAUCAUUUCAAGUUAGUUUUUAGUCAUGCUAGCAGUGAGGCUCAGUCCAUCACUUUGGUCCAUUCUGAAAUAUCUUAACAACCUUUAGAUGGAUCAACAGAAAGUUUUCAUUUUCACAUUUGUGGCAACCAGAGGAUGAAUCCUGCAGCUUUCAUUUAUCUUCUGACUUCUUUUUGACCUCUAGCUUCACAGUGAAGUUGUUUUUUAAUUGAAAAAUCCCAUAAAAUAUUUAAUAUAGCUGUAGGUAAUCACUAUAUUCAUAGCUGAUUAAUCCGUAUCUUAUGUUCUUGAUUCAUCAAUUAGUUGUUUGGUGUAAAAAAAAUAAUAAAAAAAUCCAGAAAAUAGUGAAAAUUUCAAUCAAAGUUACAUUCUAAGAUGUCUUGUUUUGCCCACAACCCAAAUAUAUUCAGUUUACUGUCACAGAGACGUAAAGAAACCAGAAAAAAAAUCACAUUUAAGAAGCUACAAUCAGAGAAUUUUCACUUCUUUUUCUUAGAGAAUUACUCAAACUGAUGCAUCAUCAAAACAGCAGAUGGUGAAUUUAAUAGUUGAAAACUGGUCAAUUAAACGAUUAAUUGUUGCAGCUUUACCACUGAAUCGAUUGACAUGUAAUUAGGUUCAGACGUUCACAUUCCCUCAACAUGAACCAUAAAGUCUAAAGACAUCCUCAUCAGGUCGAUAUUAUUAGUCUGACUUCCUGUGAAGCAAAAAAACAUUCCCAUCAGCCUCAGCUCUAUGUUGUAUUUAGUGCUCUUUAGCUAAUAUUAGCAUGCUAACGGAUGCUAGCUUUAGACCUGCUCUACAUGUUAGCAUUUAGCGGUGCCAAAUUACAGCCUCACAGAGCUGCUAGCGUAGCUGUUAUUUUAAUGAAAUGUGUACUGCUAUAUACAUAUCUUGGACAAAAUUCCUUAAAAACAACUCUCAGAAAAAGUAUUUUAUGUGCUAAUUAAAGUAGAAAACACACAUCUGGUGACUGAAGGAUGUUAAUGGUGCAGUGUGUAGAAUUAAAAGGGAUGUAUUCACAGAAAUGUAAUAUAGCAAAUAGAGUCAGGGUUUCUUUGGUGUUACAUCACAGGAACAUAACAAUGUGUUAUAUUUUUGUCACCUUAGAGUGAGAUUUAUGUCUACUGCAGAAGUGGUUUAUCGUCCAAGAGGUCGGCAAUGUUGCACCAUGUUUGUACGGUGGCCCAAAAUGGACAAACCAUUCAAUUUAUUUGUAGGUACAUUUGAAAAAAGUGUAAGGAAACUGCAGAAUUUAAAAGAAAACUUUCCUAAUUUUGCAAAAAGUUUCUUUUUUUAAAUUUUUAAAAUUUGCUCUAUUAACCCUCCUGUUGUCUUCAUCUACAGGCACCAAAAAAUAUUGUUUCCUUGUCUGAAAAGAAUCCCAAAAUUCAGCAAAAAAUUCCCCAAAAUGAUUUCUGAAAAUUUGCAAAACCUUUAGGAAGAAAAUUCCAAUAAUUCCUUAAAAGUUUCCCUUAAAAGUUUUAUUUUUUAAAAAUUCCCCAAAUUUGGCAAGAAAAUUCUUGUAAACAUUUCAAAAAAUGAGUAAAAAUGUUCCAAAAAAUCCUAAAAAUAUCUAAAAUGAUUACAUAUACAUCAGUAAAACUUCUGAUAUUUUCUUAAGAACAUUUUUAACAUUUUUUUUGGCACCAAAACAUUUUCAAAGAUUUCCCAAAAAUGUUUAAAAUGUGGACAUCAGAAGUUUCACUGUGAUUUUCUUUUUCCCCCUCAUUUUCAGACUUUAAAACGGGUUAAUUUUGACCCACAGGACGACAAGAGGGUUAAAGGUAGAAACACCUUUUUCGAAUAAGUGCUGCAAACACUUAACUCACAUGUUUGAUUGAUUGUUUCUUUCGUUGUCUUUGCUUCAUGACAGAAUGAAUGUAUUUGUAGGUUCAUUUUUCAAAAACAGUUAAACUUAAAAUGUUAAGUUGAACCAACUAGUCACGUAGACAUUGGUUAGAUAGCUGCUUUUCUUAGAUUUUUUAAAAAAAUUCAAUGGUAAAGUUUUUUGAUUAUUCUGAAAAGAAACCACUACAAUUUGAUUUAAGUAAGAUACACAGCAUGUUUCCAACACAUCACACUGCAAUAAAAGAGGAGGUUUUAGCUGUCUAACAAUGCACCUUGGAAAUUCUGUUUAUCUGCUAGUUUUGCUUCGUAUCAACUUAAUUUUAUGAGUUGAGUAAACUUUCAACUGUUCAUUCAUUCAGCUCAUCAUUUUAAGACAAACUUCAAUGAUCUUUUUAGGUUCAAAAUUGGUCUAAAAAAUAAAAACAAGACAUUUUCAGUCUGCCAACAGAUGGACUAAUUACAACUUUCCAAAUUUCACAACAAUCUAUGUCCAUUUUUUCUCAUAGUGGCAAACGUUUUAUUUGUUGUUUCCUCUUUUUACAAACAUUUUAAGCUGUUGGAGAACAAUUUUGUUUCUGGCUUUUUGUCUCUUCUACUCUGUUUAUUACAUCCACGUUGCCUGUACUGCCACCUACUGGUGUGUAGUUUAGUCGCUUCAUAGCUGUUAAUGGAAACAAAAUUCACUUUACAAACAUGGAAACACAGCUAGAGAGGGACUUGAGCGUUCUUUAAGUUCUCCUACAUGGGGUUGAAGCAAGAGGCGUAUACAGUCUCUCCACUAGAUGUCGCUAAUCUCUACACACUGCACCUUUAAACUUGCUUUAAAACCAAGUGCAAACUGCCAGUAUAGUUCGACCGAUGUCUGUGAACGAGCUUAUCACUGUGUUUCGCUGCAUGACUGAUCAGUGUUUUCUCAGGGACUUGCAACGUGGCUCAACGGAAGCCAACAAAAACCUGCUCCACAGUGUUCUGUUGAUAACGUGACCGUUUCGUAAUUUAAAGUGUUUUCAGCUUCGUCUGUUGACUUUUACAGAGUGAACAGGGUGUUACAUGUCAGUAUUUAGGUGUGUUCCUGCUAACUGAGCAUGCUUUAAGACUUUUACAGGGAGGUUAAAGAGACUGAAUCGCCUCUUGAUGUCUGCACUGCACAACACUGAGCUGCCUGAGCAUUUGCUGCCUGCACGUGUUUGCCUUAAAAUGUUGUUGCUUUUUUUUGUGUGUGUUUACCAGUUGUGAUAUUUUUAGAUUUUGCAAAGAUAAAAAAAUGUGUUAAAUCAUGAAUAUUUAUUAAAUGAAGGAAAGCUUUAAA